AUAUUUGCUUUGCGGCGCCAUAUUGAAGUUUGCAAACACAUCGCCUUCCAUGCGAAAUGCCUGCUCACUUCAGGGCCGUUGAAAAUGCCGUGGAAAGUGUCAAAAAAGUUAAGCAAUACAUAAACAAUGGUUUAGGUGUUACUUUAGACGUAGCUUUGGAUUUGGAAGAGGUUUCCCAGGACAGCGAACAAGUGAAAGAGCUUGAAGACACCAUGCUUCAAUACGUCGACAUGGAACGUGAAGUGGAUCAGUGGGCGAAAGCUGUGGAACUCGCGAAAGCAGAGUUUAAUCGCCAGUAUGAUGUGUCCAGGUGAGUUAGUUUAGAUUCAAAUUUGAGAGUAGUUUGUGGUGACAUUUCGGUCCCAAAACUACAUAACAGCAUAAAUCAGGAGCGGACCACCCUGUGUAGGCUGUGUUCCUGUGUUUAUAGUAGUUUAAUUUUAUUUUUGAUUUUAUUUUGAUUUUCUUUUAUUUCCAACUCAUUAUCACACAUACCCAUACCCAAUUUGUCAUCGUUUAAUUUUUUUAUCUGGUUCCUAUUACGUGUACAGUAGUCGAACGGGGUCACCAUCUGUGGGCCCGGUUGGUCCCCCUAACAUUUGAACCACCUCGUUUCAACUCCUAAAGGGGGUCCCCUGGGGGAAUUUAAUGUGACAAUGUCCCCUGGGUCAUGUGAUUCUCAACGAACCCCCCCCCUGAUAUCCACCUCAUAUAACUGGAAUUCACUUCAUUUGCAAAAAAAGCAUUUUUAUUAUAUUUAGGAUGAAAUUUUACUCAUUCAUGUUAGGCUUGGAGAAGUGGUAUAAUAUCUUUAUUGAACAAAAAUCACUACAAUGAAAGAACACCUGAGGACAGAUUCACCGAGGUUAGGAGAGACUGGUAGUUUCUCCGCAGACUAGUUAAGAUGACCUGAAAUAAUCUACCUCUACCUCAUGAUGCUCGAAAAUUACAGUUAUUCAUUGUAUGUCAUUUAUAUAUUAAUUUUUUAUACUACUACAUGAGAAAUUUCUGCAAUCUGAUUGGCUUAGAGCAGUGGUAUUUCAGCUUAAUUUGAAAUACCUACAUGUGAAAAUUACAAACCUUUUGUGGGUAGAAGUAUAAACAAAUAAUAGCAUGAUUUGUACGUGAUAUAUGGCAUAAAUACCACUCGUGAUAUUUCAAAAUUCUCUCAAAUUUCACUCGCCUAACGGCUCGUGAAAUUUUGUAUAACAAUUUCAAAAUAUCACUCGUGGUAUUUAUGCCAAAUAUCACUACAAAUCAUGCUAUUACCUAUACAAAUACCAGCGAUAUCAUUAUUCUUUUUUGCGAACAGGAACAGGAGCAGUACUUUUACAUGUGAUAUCCAGAGGAUAACCAAGCAAUGUGUGCAUUGCCAAAAUUAAUGUACUAUGCUGGGCACAUUUUCUCAGUAAUUUUUCUUUGGGACAUCUUGUGUUGAAUGAUCUUGAAUCAAAUUCCCAGUCCUCAAGAGAGACAUUCCUCUCCAGGCCUCUCUCUGUAGUCACGUACAUGUGCAGAGUCAGGUAAAAGCUUGUAUUCCUCCUUUCGCCGCUUGAUGUUACCCAUGAUAAUUGUUUGAGGAAAGCGAUAAAUCCCUGUGGUAUCCCCAUGGUUACUGCCUGCGAUUUCACAAAAUUUGCAGUUCCCCUACCCUCUUCCCGUCGAACUCAAAACAAUGUUGUGAAUUUUCCCCUCCUCAGGGGCAGAGAAUCCAAUCUAUCCCCUUGUAUUCCCCGACAUAUUCCCCUGGUUGGCCCAGUGGUCUACCCCUAGGGCAAGCCAAUGACAUGUGCAUAAAAUUGACCCACAAUAUCUUAUUGCUAUUAAAAUCCUGAUUGAACCAUGAUAAAACGGUGAUUUCAAGUGCCACAGUUUGCUUAAGUUCAAAAGAAAUGUUUUAAUGUGUCAUAUAUGUACUGUGUUUUUUCACCAACCUGAGCUUCAGAAGGUGUUAUUUUCCGAUAUACAACUGUAAUUACUUGACGACCUGCUGGAGAGUGAAGAAUGAGAAUGUGGAAAGCAGAUUUCAGGGCUUUCCAGGAAAAGCCCAUAAUGUCCCUAAUUCUUUGAAUACCUCACCUAAAAACAAUGGCAUGUAUGUCUUCAUGCUCUGCAGAAGUGGAACUCCAUCCUUCCAAAAUUCACGGAGAAAAAUGAUCCCAAAAUCUGAAAUGCGACAAAAAACAAUCAGAAAUUUCUGCAACCACAGAGCUUGAGAAGCACAAAAAAACGAAGUUUGAGCCUUUUAACAGAACUGCAAAUAGUUCCCUCAAAAUUUUACCUGUUUAAAUAUUAUUAUUGUUUUCAAGUGAUGACAUUCCAAGCAUUGAGGAAAUCUUCCAAGAGAAGCUUGACUCUUUGAAAUCAAAAAAUAAAGAUUCAGACUUGGAUUGCCACCAGAAGGUUAAAGAAUUCAGAGAGAAAGUCUGGAGUAUUCACCAUCAAGGACAACCUAUGCCAAAUGCCAACACACAGCCAAUGGGAGAUGAAGACAUUGUGAUGUCACAGGUGAGGAAGAGAAAAACAUAGUGGGCAUAGUCAUGUUGUAGAUAGUUGAUUAGAUUUCUGGGGCCUAGGUCCCUUCUCUUGAAAGUCCCAGUAACUUUUCAGGCUUAAAAGCAAAUAUUCAAAUCAAAAUCUAAAGAAUGAAAGAUGGUUAGAGGCUAACAAACCACUCCAUUUUGGGGUUAUGUUUUAAAGUACAUUGUAGUCGUUUCAUUCAAGUUACCGUAGUAUCAAUGAUGUCAGUCCCAUGCUAGGCAUAACUUCUAAUACGGUGUUUAUGGGAAAUGUAAACAAGCUUUUUCUCUCUCCCUCUGGACUUGGAUUUGAGUCAAAGUAAGCUGGUCAGAAUAAUCAUGAUAAAAAUUGAAGGAAUGUGAAUUCACUUUUCAGAGGAAUGUUUUCGCAGCUGCAGCUGUUGUUGCACAUGAUUGUAUCUUAAACUACCAAAUGGUAAUUCUGUGGUGAUGAGUGGUUACCCCAACAGAUUUUUCUCUCAGCUAGUAUUAUAAGUGUAAGCAUGCUCGAACUCUCCUCAUGAAACAUUGUCACAGCAUUCUAUUUUCUAUCUCUUUAGGCACCAGCAGAAAAGACCAAAUGCCCUCUUACCAUGAAGGAGAUGGUCAAACCCAUGAAGAGUAAAGUUUGUGGUCAUAAUUAUGAUCACGAUGCUAUCGUUCAGCACAUUAACAGAGGGCGAGGUAGAGCUAAAUGUCCUGUCUGUGGACAGCCCAUCUCAAAAGGGGAUCUUGAACAUAAUACAGUACUAGAACAUUCUAUCAAACGAAAGAAUAGAAGAAAAUAAGAGGUGUUCUGCACACAGCCUGUUUAGGGAUCAUUCCCUUCUAUGUAUGCAAGGCGCUCACCAGCAGAUGUUUGCUCAAACACUAUUCUUUCUAUUGGCUUAGAAGAGGGAUUUGUUACAGUUGUCUAGGUUAGGCUUUUCUAAGUAGUGUCCCUGGGUUUGAAAUUGCAAACAGUUUGUCACUAAUAAGUCUCACAUAACCCAUUUUGCAGAUGUUAUGCAAUGUUUGCAAUAAUCAGAAUAAUUACUCAUAUUUUUCAUAUACACCUAAAAACACUGUCAGCUUUAGAUCAAUUUACAUGUACUUGCUGCGGAAGAAAAUCUUCUUGUCCCGGACGACUGAAUGGGACUUUUUUCGAGCCCUGAAUGUAUCAUGUCAAAUUUAGUAAAACUGCAAACUUUGAUGAAGAUUUGUCGUAAGCUAACAGAUACGAAGCCUGCAACUUAGUGGAUUUUUACAAGGAAAUGUAUGGUGUGACGCCAUACAUUUUAUUGUAAAAACUAGCCUGUUAAUGAGCCAUUUUCCAUUAGUUUGCCACAAAUCCUUAUGAUGCAAAUGUAUUUUGCAGUUUUACUAAGUUUGUCAUGAAAAAUAAAUCACUUUGGUGGUGGUUUUUUGAAUACAUGAAAAAGACAAAAAUCACAAAUUGGCAUGACAUUUGCGAAGCGGUUUAUUUAGGUGUUUUUAGUGGAGUCAUUAUUUCCUCCCUGUAGUAGACUCCCCUAAAAAUGCCUGGAUGUGAGGCUCAUCACCAAUGUGUUUGAUAACGAACCUUUGGUGACUAGAAGUCAGGAAACUCCUCUUGACAGCUGUCUUGUUGGUCAGUGUGUGAAUCAUGGCCCAAAGAAUAGCCAAUAAAGUUUUCAGAGCUAGUUUGCAGCAGGUAACCAAGUAGGCAGGGAUUUUUUCUCCAGCAGCCGGCUACUUUUGACAACCCUGAUGAAAGUAUCCUGCUUGUAUGUAGAGAGAAAGAGCCACUAGGGGCUAGUUGUUUAUUAACUGUGAGAGGGGGCCGGCCAUUUUGAGAAAGCUUAGAAGAUUUUUAAACUAGCCUGUAUCAGUCAUUCAGAUAAUGGAGUGUGUGAUGUGAAGUUUUCAAACCGACCCUCUCCCCCCCCCCCCCCCCCCCAUUUCCUUUUCUUUCUUUUUUUUUUUUUUAAAUAAAAAAAAUCAAACAUUUUUAUAUUUUUUAUCCCUUCUAUUAUAUGAGCACCACCCCAAUCCUGUGAUAUACAUAAUAAUAAUAUUAUAACUGUACAAUAGGGACCACAGGGGUGUGUGUUUUUUGUAGUGGGGGGGGGGGGGGGGUAUUUUGUAAAAUUUAUAUAAAUUUUUUCAUUCCCCUUUUUUAUUAUUUACAUAAUUGGGGGUGUUGUUUGAAUUUUUUAAACCCCCCCCCCCCCCCCCCCCCCCCCCCAUUCAUUCUCUGCUAGUUUUUUUUUCUUUUUUAAAAAAAGGCUCCCUAUAAAUUUUACAUAAUUAUUACCCCUGCAUGAACAUGGCCCCCAACCGAUUGCUGUGCAAAAUAUGAAUAUUGUAGCUGCAAAUCAUGACGAAGGUCGCCACAUACUUUAUUGACAGUAAGUCACGUUUAAAAGAUUGGUGUAGACUAUUUACAGCUGUUACAUUGCAUUUACAAUUCAUGUUUGUUACUGCUUUGUGCUACAUGCGUGAAGUGCAUUAAAAUGAUCCACAGGCAAUGUUUCUUUAUCUGAAAAUGACGCCCCCAAAACGAAUCAAGAUUUUGAAAAUGACCCUCUAGCAAAAUGGCUGCCCCCUCCCGCCUCAAAGGUAAAAAACGACCAGUCUCCUAUAAAAAAUGUUACUGGCAAUGCGUUGAUUAAAGAGAGUGGAAUUGUUAUGAGAAAAAUUUGUUACCGUUUAUGGGAAAUUUAUCCCCCUGUGUUUUUCAAUAAAUAAGAGAGUUGAAAAUAAAAAUUAUGAUGGUGACUGUUAAAUUGAAUAUGAGUAUUUUUGCCCGUGUGUGUGAUUCAUUCAGCAAAAAACAGGAAGUUGCGUUUCAGAUGAUCUGGAACGUAACGGAUGGGUUUACCCUAUCACCUUGUGUGCCCGUGGUUUUGUCAGCGGAUAAAAACGGGGAACCUGAAAUAUGAACACCCCUAAAAUACUAUUGAUUUUCACCGUAGGGGUCAUUCUCUAAUAAUUUCUUAUUAUAGAAAUAUAGUCCGGGACAUUUGAAAUCCUUCAGUCUUAAAUACAGGCUUAAUUCAAUAACAUUUUAUUGUCCCACUUUGACGUAUGAACCGAAAAUAGACGUGGUCACGUGUGUAUACAAAAAGGAACUGCUUUAUUAAAUUAUCGCCGACUUGACAAUUGUUGUUGAUUGUAGCGAUAGAGUGUAAAAGGUGCUUGAAACGGUAAAGUAAGAUGUCGAUUCCUUGUAAUGUGUGCUUUUUAGAAACUAGCGAAAACAGUAUUCGUACAUGGUGUUGUGCUGGAGUGAUAUGUACCGCGUGUUUGGAAGCACACGUUCAAUCGAAAAUUGAAGAUGCUAUCGUAAAGAUCUUGUGUCCGCUUGGAAACUGUGACACUGUUAUGAGUGACGAAGAGGUACAACAACUUGUGUCCGACCGACUGUUCGAGAGAUACCAACAAUUUAAGGUGGAUAUCGAACAGAAUCCUUUGAUCAAAACUUGCCCAGGGUGUUCGCGAAUUCAUCAUCACCCGGAGCAAUCAGAUUCAACUACGGCGGACAAGGAAAAAGAUGGUUCUAGGCCGGAUAAUUUGAAGGUUACUUGCGUGAAAUGCCAGUUGGUUUGGUGUUUCGCCUGUCAAGCACCGUGGCAUUACGGCUUAACCUGCAAAGACUUCUGUAAAGGAGAUAAAUCAUUGAAGAUUUGGGCCAAAAACCGCGGGCAACCCGCUCGCAAUGCCUGUCGCUGUCCUAAGUGUCGUGUUUUUAUUCAAAAAUCCAGCGGAUGUGACCACAUGUCUUGCACCAGGUGCGAUUUUUAAAAUUCUUUGUUUAUGCAUUACGAAGACGUAUACUGUAUCUUUCCAUAAGAAGCAAUGUAGAUCAUUUCUCGCUUCUGUCACUAUUUCUUGGCGCGCGUUUUCCUUGAAAGUCUUUCGCACACGCCAUUAACGACACCAUUAAUAUUUGCGGAAACCGGGAAGAAAGGAUCGGAUUACAAAAAAAUUAUACAAAAAAAUUAUAAUAUUCAAACGUAGAAAAAUAUUGGUUAAAUUUUGGAUGAAGUCGCAUUGAUUAAUGCGUUUCGCUUGCUAUAAGCCACCUGUAGUAUAAAAGUAAAAGUAAAAUAUAUAUAUUGGUAAUUUUGAUUAAUAUUUUAUAGCUAAGAAUAAUCAACCUGUGUUAUCCCCUAUCAUGAUAAUAUCUAUGACAUAUCAAUGCCAGGUAUUUCGUUACCAUAGAACAUUUUGAAAACUUCUCAGCAACAUAAAACAGUGAAUUUUGGCCAAGAACAUGGAGAAAUGGGUUGGAAUAAUGAGGGACAGCUAAACAAGUUUGUUUUCGUUUUUCUUUCUUUUCUUCUCUUCUUUUUUUGAUUGACUGAUUGACUGACUGCUAGGUAGAGGUGUCUAGAUAUAUUUGGAUAAACCGCGGCAGCUGUCUGGUGUCCAAUAUAACUUUUCCAAAAAAAUAAUGUCAUUAAUAAAUUAAAAGAAUAUAUUAAAAUAACAGAAAGGAUCAGACACUUGCUAUUAAUUUUAUUUCUUCCCUCUCAAAAAAUUGCAGUCAAACCCCAUUAAAUACGGACACUGGGGGUAGGGGGGGAGGGGGCAUAGAAAGUGUCCAUACUAAUGGGGUGUCAGUUUUAGGCAGGUUGAAGUCGCAGUCUCCCUAUACCUAAAAAUGUUUGUUGUUUCCUUUUUUUUAAAUUUAUCAUGAGAAGGAUUUUUUUCUUAGUCGCAAGUAAAGUGAACUUUAUUUUCCUUUUUGUAUUAAGUGGGUGUCUAUAAAGCAGGAUGCGACUGUAAUUAAAAUUUAAAUAUCAUUUAUUGAUAAAUAUUUUAAAACCUAGAUAAGUAUUUGUCAAUCUUGGAAAUUAGGUUUCGUAGUAGAAAGUAGAAGUUAGAAAUAUCAUUAAUUAUUUGAUAAAUAUUUUAUAGCCAAGAAUAAUCAACCUCUGCUAUUCCUUAUAACAUCGUAAUGACAUAUCAAUACCAUAUGUUUCGGCACCAUAGCAGUUUUUGAAAAAAUUUCAGCAUCACAAAAAGUGAAUUUUGUCCAAUAGUGUAAGAAAAUGGGUUGGAAAACAAGGCACUGGAAAUUGUUUUUUCUUUUUUUGUGACUGACUGGCUGAUGACAGAAACAAGAAAAUAAAAACUAAGCAACAGAUUUUAUAAUAAGGCAAAACAAAAACUCUGAAUGUGCAGCAGACUUUUUGACAGACUUCUUUGUUGUCAUCGCAUGACUAACGUUGUCCAACUUGAUUGGAAUGGGAAUGUGAUUGUCACUUUUAUUUUUAAGAUCCAUUAAUUUUCAUCAAUAACAAUUUUCGCGACUUCGUCAGAAAAGCCCAUAAAGUCUCAGUGUUUUCUCUUUGUUUGAAUUAUAAUGAAUGUGAAAAGCCAUGUUCAAUGAAUUGCUGUUUUUACAGGUGUCACACAGAAUUCUGCUAUAGAUGUGGUAGCAAGUAUCAUCAUGUCAAAUUCCUGGGAAACCACUACGAUCGCUUCAGCAUUUUGGGCUGCAAAUACAACUUUAAACCUGACAAACCAGUUCAACGUAUUGCAGUGCGUGGUGCCCUUUUUAGUGGACAGGUGAUACUUGUCCCUGUUGUAGCUGGUUUGGUGUUCAGCGCUGGGUGUGUCAUAGUGGGAGCAGGAGUUGUUGCAGCUCCAUUUUAUGGAUCCUAUGUUUUAAUAAAGAGACAGAAAGCUAGGAGCAAACAAGCAUAUCAAACAAGAAAUAAGUAG